AUGGUUACAACCCUUUUAUUAAAUGUAAUUGUUCUUACAGGAAAAAAAACUCUUUGCCACAUUGUCGAGAUGCAAGUUUACGCACUGCAAGUUGAUGAUGUGAUCCCAGAUGAACUAUGGAGUUUGAAUUUCCUGACCAAUCUGAACUUUGGCAUUAAUACAUUAUCUGGGCCGCUUCCAAAAGAGCUUGGCAUGCUUCCUAAGUUAAUAGUAUUAUAUAUGGAUAGUUCUGGAGUGUGUGGUGAGAUUCCUUCAAGCUUUGCUAAUCUAAGGAUCCUGGAGUCACUGUGGGCUUUUGACGUUGAACUUAAAGGAAGGAUCCCUGACUUUAUAGGAAAUUGGUCAAAACUUCAAGUCUUGAGGUUUCAAGGAAACUCUUUUGAUGGGCCAAUACCAUCAUCCUUUUCCAAGCUGAGAAAUUUGACAGAGUUGAGAAUAAGCUAUUUAUCCAAUGGGAGUUCAUCAUCGUUGGCAUUUCUAACGAAUAUGAAAAAAUUAACUUACUUAGAACUAAGGAAUAACAAAAUUUCCGAUUCAAUUCCAUCUGAUGUUAACCACUAUUGGAUUUCUCAAUAUCUGUUAGAUCUGAGUUUCAACAAUAUAAGUGGACAGAUUCCCGGUUCGCUUUUCGGGUCAACUGUAUUGACUCACGUGUUUCUAGGAAAUAAUAGGUUAACUGGACCCCUGCCUGCCUAUAAAGAUGAGAAUCUUGUCAACAUAGAUCUUUCAUACAAUUAUUUAUCAGGCAGCCUUCCUUCUUGGAUAAACAGACAAAAUUUACAACUAAAUUUAGUCGCCAAUAACUUCACUCUUGAAAGUAGCCGCCUCAACGUUUUGCCACAUGGUCUGAACUGUCUCCAGCGCAAUUUUCCUUGCAAUCAGGGUCCUCCAGUCUAUUCUAGCUUUGCGGUUAACUGUGGUGGUCCCCAAAUUACAUCUUCUAAUAAUAUUGUGUAUGAGAUGGAUAAUGAGACUCUUAGUCCAGCUACAUACUAUGUGACUGACAAAAACAGAUGGGGAAUUAGUAAUGUCGGAUAUUUUACUGGGACCAAUAAUCCGUGGUCUGCAAUUUCUUCUCAGUCUCAAUUCACAAAUACUCUUGACUCAAAACUUUUCCAGUCAGCACGGGUUUCUGCUUCAUCUCUAAGAUACUAUGGUUUAGGCCUUGAAAAUGGAAACUAUACUAUGACUCUCUAGUUUGCAAAAAUAGCUGAUUUGGAUACUACGGGGAGGAGAAGUCUUGGGAGGCAUGUUUUCGAUAUUUAUGUUCAGGGAGUUCACGUUGAAAAGGACUUUGACAUAACAAGGGUAGCAGACGGAGUCCCUAGAAGAGCAGUUCAGAGAAAAUAUACGGCUCGGGUAUCUGAAAACUACAUGGAAAUCCACUUUUUUUGGGCUGGGAAAGGGACUUGCUUUAUUCCCAACAAUGGUUCAUAUGGACCUUUAAUUUCUGCUAUCAGUGCUGCUCCAGAUUUCGAACCUACAGUAAGACCUCUAAGUGGACGAAGUCCUAUCACUAAGAAGAAUAGAACAGGCUUUACUGUUGGUGUUGGUGUUGUGGUUGUAUUUUUGUUACUUGUUUCAAUUCUUUCAAUUUUCUUUAUUGUCCGAAGAAGAAGAAGAAGAAGAAGAAGGCCACAGAUUGAUGAUAAAGAGCUUCUAGGGAUAAAUGUUAGACCAUACACUUUCAGUUAUGCUGAACUAAGGACUGCUACAGAAGGCUUCAUUCCUGCAAAUAAGCUUGGAGAGGGAGGAUUUGGAUCAGUUUAUAAGGGAACACUCUGUGAUGGAAGGGUCAUUGCUGUGAAGCAAUUGUCUGUAGCAUCCAACCAGGGGAAGAGCCAAUUUGCUGCAGAAAUUGCUACCAUAUCUGCUGUACAGCACCGUAACCGUAAACUUCAUGGAUGUUGUUAUGAGGGAACACAACGAAUCCUUGUUUAUGAAUAUCUUGAAAACAACAGUCUUGAUCAAGCACUAUUUGGAAAAGGAAGUUUGGAUCUUAAUUGGUCGAUGCGUUAUGAUAUUUGUUUGGGAGUAGCAAAAGGUCUAGCUUAUCUUCAUGAAGAGUCAAGGCUUCGAAUCAUACACAGAGAUGUGAAGGCUAGUAAUAUUUUGCUUGAUGGCAAUCUCAUCCCGAAAAUAUCAGAUUUUGGUUUGGCCAAACUUUAUGAUGAUAAGAAGACCCAUAUAACCACUCGUGUUGCAGGGACAAUUGGAUAUCUUGCACCAGAAUAUGCCAUGCGUGGACAUCUAACAGAGAAGACUGAUGUGUUUGCCUUUGGAGUUAUGGCUCUUGAGGUUGUUAGUGGGAGGCCAAACUCAGAUUCAAGCUUGGAAGAAGAGAAGAUGUAUCUUCUUGAUUGGGCUUGGCACCUAUACGAGAACAAUCGCCAACUCGAACUAAUGGACUCCAAAUUAUCAAUAUUUAAUGAGGAAGAAGUAAUACGCCUAAUAGGGGUAGCUCUUCUGUGUACUCAGACAUUGCCCUCAUUGAGGCCAUCGAUGUCCCUUGUGAUUGCAAUGCUUUGUGGAGAUAUUGAAGUGAGUACAGUGAAUUCCAAGCCAGGAUACUUGACUGAAUGGACAUUUGAUGACGUGGCCACCUAUGUUAUUGAUGAUACAACUGAGGAAUUUGAUGAUACAGGUGAAGAACGUGAUGAUACUAGCAAUUACAUCUCCUCAACAAGCUUAAGUACACUGGAUAAAACUCCCCAAAGAAGUACUACUAAAGCCAUUCUCCCUUGAUUGGCUUUCAGUUUAGAUUCCAUUUCUGUUUCUUAUUAGUUCCCCACAAGAUGAUGCUUAAAAAUGUAACACAAAUAAACUCAAGUCAAAUAUAUAUACAUAUACAUAGGGCAUUGAUUUUUAAUUACUUGUGAACCUCUGUCAGAACUAUUCUGAUUGGCACUAUCAAUGUUGAAAACUUUGGUUGGUCUUUUAGUUUAUUUUGAGGAAUAUAAAAAAAAAUUGCAGA